AUGGUUUUCUGAUUUCAUAUGACAGAAUCAAGGCGCAUCAUCUGCUUGAUAUGUUGUUCCCUUUUCUUUUGGGAGAGAAAAAAAAAAGAACGAAAGGAAGGAUGUUUAACGGAAAUAAUGGCAAUCUUCAGUUCCCCUCUUUCUUGGAGCAAGAACAAUUCCGUUAUGGUUCUAGUGCAUCUACUCAAUUGCAGUUGUUUGGAAACACUGAAUGUAACAUGUCGCAGAGCAAAGCAUCAAUUGGUCUAUCAUGGGCUCCCAAGGUGCCUAUCUUCUCUAAAAAAGCAAAAGAAAGCGCAGGAAAGUUGCAAAUAAAAGAACCCACUUGGACGCCCGAGAACGAGCUUGUAGAUGGAUUGUUUGUUCCUCCGAGGGACCCAAGAAAGUUGAAUAAGCUGAUGAAGAAAAGUUUGAAAGAUACCGCUGGUGCGAGUUGGUUCGACAUGCCUGCCCCGACUAUCACCCCUGAAUUAAAGAAGGAUCUAGAGAUUCUCAAGUUGAGGAGUGUAAUUGACCCCAAAAGGCACUUCAAAAAAGGUGACAAGUCCAAGACCCUUCCCAAGUAUUUUCAGGUGGGCACAGUUAUUGAACCUGCAUCUGAGUUCUUCUCAGGCAGGCUGACAAAGAAAGAGAGGAAGGCAACAUUGGCCGAUGAAUUGCUAUCUGACCAUAAUCUCAAGGCUUAUAGGAAACGCAAGGUACAAGAAAUCGAUGAGUCCCGUAAACCUGGUGGUGUUGAGAAGUGGAAGAUCAAGGGUCGCAAUUCCCGAAAAAGGGCCAAAGAUAGAAGGAGAUGAGAUCAUCGUGCCAACUGAUUCAACGUAGAUGCAGGGUAAAGUGGUGAGGAGGGUGCGAGUUGAUCAUUGCUUGAAUUGCGGCAAUACAUUACAAAGCUUUAGAUUCGUAUCGCAUUGAGUGUGUUUCGGUUUGUACAAGGGCCCUAUUUUUGCUGUAUCACACUUCAUUUGUAGCAGAAUAUUCACUUGUUUAACAAAUUUCAGUACUGCGGAACAAAUUGCCAUGCUA